AUGCAGUUUCCAACUAGCGGCAGCCGACGUGUUGUGAAGACGUCAUUUUUAAGCGCUUUUCCAGGUGCGCUUCACCGUCCGGCGAAAUGGUCAAAGGGGACUCAAAAAGUCCUAAUCGCUGCCAAACUUGGCAAAGCCGAACUACAACUAGCCGGAGACCAUCCGCCAGCUGACAAGUUCCCGCUUGGUGUG